ACUCCACCUCAAAGCGAAGAGGUUCAGCUCCUCCGACUUGUAGCUGGUGAUGUGCUGGACCCCCUGCCACACCUGCCUUGUGUUGUUGCUGCUGCUGAGGUGGUCUUCUAUUUUUGUCCUGUAUGCUGCCUCGGCCUCUCUGAUGCCUCUCUUCAGGUUGGCUCUGGCAGCACCAUGCAGUACUUUAUGUAGCCAUGGACAGCAGCCAUGUAGUCGUCCAGGUCCUGAUGUUCCAAAAUUUCCCAGUUGGUUCUCUGAAAGUCCCGCAGCUCAUGAGAGGCACCUCUAGGCCAAGUUUUAACAGUCCUUGUAACUGUCUGAGAGACAGUUUUGCAGAGAUUUCAUUGGAGUAUUUCUUUUAUAUUUUCAGUAAAAAUUAAUCAAUGUUUGAAUUCAUACAGUCAUUAAAAUGUGUUAAAAUGUAAUAAAUAAGUUGUUUAAAAAGGGUAACUUUAAUUGAAAACUGGACUAAACUACUACACUACCUUAAAAAUCAUGUCUGGUUAAAAAUCCAGUGCCUUUGAAUGCAAGUUUCAUUUUGAAGUUGAACGUCACAGGCCAAAUGAACAGAGUUUCGUGAAGGGCACACCUGAUGCAUCAUGGGUCAGGAAACAAUAGGCAGCAGAGAAAGAGACAACAUGCCUGCAGAGGAAAGAGCCAAGUGUGGCUGCAGAGGAACAGAGUGCUACGGCUUAAAUUAACAUUAUUCUGCAUGGUUCAAGAGGCGCACACGUUUUCACGGUGUCUGAUGAAGGAAAGGCGGCAAUAAAUCAGAAAAAGACAUCUGUAUGAUGCGUGGCCAUUAUUUAUUGGACCGGUGCAGUUACAGUCCUUGUUGUGGAAUCCACAGCCAAAUUAUUACAGUGAGUCAAGUGUCAGUCAAGGCUGGAGACUCCAUCUCCAUCCCAUGUCUCUAUGAGCCGGAAUACAAAACCCAUGUGAAAUACUUGUGUAAAGGAGAGAAAUGGAGGUCCUGCUCAGCAGUUAAAACAAACCAGCCAGAUAGUUCAGGAAAGUUUUUGAUCUCUGAUGACCCAAACCAAACUAUCUUCACUGUGAAAAUGAAAAAUCUACAAAAUCCCAUUAGUUACUGGUGUGCUGUGGAGAAACCAGGUAUCAUACUUGAUGUUAAACAACGUUUUGAGCUGUCAUUCACCACAGGUACUCCAAGUCUGUAUGUGGACCAACAAGAAAUAACAGCAUAUGAAGGAGGAAGUGUGACUGUAAGAUGUCACUGUCAAGAAAGAAAAGAACGAAAGUGGUGCAGGCUCUCACACCUGCAUCCUGUCAGGUGUGUGUCAGAGCCAUCUGGAUCAAUAGAUGGAACAAGAGUGACCAUCGAUGCAAAUGCACGCAAUGUUUUCACUGUGACCAUGAGUGGACUGAGGACAGACAGCAGUGGCUGGUACUGGUGUGGCAUUAAAAACUUUCAGAUGCCAGUGCAUAUAACUGUUCAUGCAUUAACCUCAACUACAACUACAACGACUCCCAGUACAGCAGACAUUAUAACGACACUUCCAACCACUGCCCAGCAUUCCUCCCUGCUUACGAGUGCAGAGCCACACACAGCUCAGCCCACAAACUCCGCCAUAAACGGGACAGCUGGAGAGAGCCAGCAAGAUGAGAACAAGAGUUCCACUAUGGUGAUCAUUCUCACCAUCACCCUCAUCUUACUGCUGUUGAUUGUACUUGCCGCCUUUUUGGGGUGGAAGAUGAUGAGAAGAUAUAAAAACAAGCUUCAGAGGACGGACAUCACUGCGGGCUCACAUACUGGGAGUGAUCCUGAUGUGCAGUAUGCCACCAUUGUUCAUAAGCAACAUGUAGCAGACCAGCAGAAGAACGAAGACAGUGUGACGUACAGUAACAUUGUGUUGAAAGAUCGCGUGCGACAAAUGGUUCGUGACAUGGCUGUUAAUCUCAGAGUUCUUCUGAUCCUCUGCGGACUCACAGGGAUUAACAGCAUAACUACAGUCAGUAAAGUGUCAGUGAAGGCUGGAGCCUCAGUCAUUAUCCCAUGUCUGUAUGACAAACAAUACACAAACCAUGUGAAAGGUUUGUGUAAAGGAUAUCAUUGGUCCUCCUGCUUGUAUGUAGUUAAAACAAACCGUCGAAAUUCUAGAAAGUUUUCAAUCUCUGAGGACAAAAGCCAAAGAAUCUUCAAUGUGACUAUAAAAGAUGUGACGGCUGACGACACUAAUUACUGGUGUGGUGUGGAGAUAGAUGGAGGGCCCGAUGCCAGAGCGUAUUUUCAGCUGUCAGUCACCACAGGCACACCCAGUCUAUAUGUAGCUCAACAGGCGAUCACAGGGUUUAUUGGAGAUGAUAUAACCAUCAAUUGCAACUAUCAAAACUCUGGAGUAAUCAAGUGGUGCAGGCUGGGCGGCUCCUGUGUGACGAUGACAUCUGGAUCAUUCUAUGGAGCAAGAGUGACCAUCAAUAGGAGGGUCCCCAAUGUUUUCACUGUGACUAUGAGUGGACUGAGCACAAAGAGCAGCGGCUGGUAUUUGUGUGUCAGUGGAGACAUACAGAUGCCAGUACAUUUAACCGUUACUGUGAAACCUACCACCACCACUCUUGCAACAACACAGAGGUUCUCCACUUUGUCAUCUUCUCCCGAUCUCAUUCCUAAUACUGGAGACGGAUCAUUUAUCAGAGCUUCCGUUGACCUAAAGAGCCUCCUCAUCCCUCUGUGUUUGUUGAUCCUCAUUGUACUGGUGGCCUUGUUCAUCUGGUUUUUGUUGAAAAGACACAAACAGACCCAAGCAGAAUCAUCAGCCACAAGAAUGGCUGACGAAGUAACGUACACCACUGUUCAACACAAGAGCAAAACUUCAAGCCAGGCUGAAGAGGAAGUUGCAUACGCUAAUAUUGGCUUCAAAAGAAAACCAUUGGGCCAGAGCUACGCUGAGAAUGAUGUGGACGUCAUGUACAGCUCUGUGGUCACCCUGAAGCAAAAACCUAGAAAAAGGGUUGAAGCAGAAGAUAAGGAUGUUGCAUACAGCACAUUGGCUCAGCACCACCACAACUUUUAAAUGUCUGUCUGUCUUUAUAUGUCUCUAUUACUGGACCUUUUUUUGUUUCUUAGACUGGAGUGUUGCAAGGUGUUAUCUGCUGUUGUGCAGUAAUGUUUUCCUUCUCCUUUUUCAUUUGUUUCUGUUAGACCUUUUUUUUUUUUUAACACUUCUCUGCAUUUUUGCAACACGGUUCAAAAAAGAAUUACCAAUUCCCCUGAUGUGUAUCUUGAUUUUACGGUAUUAUUUAUGAGGCGUAAAGCUCAAAUUGAUAUAUAAUCCUGAACCCGUAAUGUAUAUUAGCCCUAGGUUUAAUAUAUGACUUAUAUAUAACCUAGUAUGUCUCGUCUGUGGUUCCUCAAGCACAUGUUUUUCAUUAAGGGAUUGCUCAGUGGUUCUCAGUCAAACUAAGGGGCUUUUUUUUAAGAAAUUACAGUCACUGCCUUAUUUCAUUUAUGAAACCACAGGCUAAACGCAGAUAUUUUAAGUACAAAUAGCAUGAUGUGUAAGUCCAGUAAUUCAAAGGGUCCUGGCUUUCUGCCUCAGUGGGACCAAUGGGUAUACAACAUCCUGUGAUUGGUCAACAGAUGUUAAAAAUUCAAAGAAGGUGCUUCAUCACCAUUCAGGGUUGCUUCUGUGUUUUUGUGUUUUUCUGUGUACUGUGUGUUUCUGUCACUUUUGACAUUUACAGUCUCAUUUCAGUUGACAAAAAGUGAUCUGAAACCAAAGCAGGACACAAUUACCGAACAUCUGUGUGCAAGAUAUUUUUUUUAAUAUUUGAGGUAGUUAUGAAAAAGAAUAUUUUAAAUAAAUGAAGACAAUUCAGUCCAUA